UGAUGCAAAGGUUGGUUGUUUCCGUAGCCCACGACUGGUGUCCUGUACAAAGAGGACAAUUACAUCAUCAUGACCACUGUGGAUAAAGAGAAAUACAAAUGUAUCCUGCCACUGAUAGCCAGUGGCAACGAGGAAGAAGAAAAGGACUAUAAAGGUCCUACUCCAGGGGAACUGCUGGAACCUCUCUUUAAGCAAAGCAGCUGUUCCUACAGAAUUGAGUCUUACUGGACCUACGAGGUCUGCCAUGGCAAACACAUCCGUCAGUACCACGAGGAGAAGGAGACGGGGCAGAAAAUAAACAUCCAGGAAUACUAUCUGGGGAAUAUGAUGAUGAAGAACCCGUUGUCAGAUCCAGAUCAAGAAGAGAAGGAAAAUUCCAAAGAUGGUGCAAAAGAGAUCCCCACGAAGAACAUCGAGGGGCAGAUGACGCCGUACUACGCGGUGGAGCUGGGCAACGGCACGCCCUGCAGCCUGCGGCAGAACCGGCCCCGCUCCAGCACCCUCAUGUACAUCUGCCACCCCGAGGCCAAGCACGAGAUCCUCUCCGUGGCCGAGGUCACCACCUGCGAAUACGAGGUGGUGAUUCUGACCCCGCUGCUGUGCAGCCACCCCAAGUACAGGUUCAGGGCUUCCCCCGUCAAUGACAUCUUCUGCCAGUCUCUGCCGGGAUCCCCCCUGAAACCCCACAACCUGGAGCAGCUGGAGAAGCAGCAGGAAAUGCUGAAGACGCCUUUCAGGAGGGUCAAGGAGGAAGAAAUGCCUUCAACAAAAGAAGAGAAGUUCUCUUCCAUUCACAAGCCUGUGGCUGUUGGAAGCCACCAGCUGUUAACGGUGGGAACAACCCACAUCUCCAAACUGACUGAUGAGCAGCUCAUCAAGGAAUUCCUUAGUGGCUCCUACUGCUUCCACGGGGGUGUUGGCUGGUGGAAAUACGAAUUCUGCUACGGCAAAUACGUUCAUCAGUACCACGAGGACAAGGAAAGUGGCAGGACCUCCGUGGUCGUGGGUACCUGGAGCAAGGAGGAGCACAUGGAGUGGUCGAGGAAGAACGCGGCCAGAACCUUCUACCUGCGAGAGGAUGGCACCCAGACCGUCAGGAUGGUGUCUCAUUUCUAUGGAAAUGGAGAUGUUUGUGACUUGACAGACAAGCCAAGGCAGGUGACUGUGAAAUUGAAAUGUAAAGAAUCUGAUUCCCCUCACGCUGUGACCAUUUACAUGUUAGAGCCUCAUUCUUGCCAAUACAUCCUUGGGGUGGAGUCUCCAGUCAUCUGUAAAAUCCUGGAUACAGCAGAUGAAUACGGGCUCCUCUCCGUGCCCAGCUGAGGACAGCAAAGCCCCCUCCAUGAGCCAAAUCCUGACACUUCCCACGGGAACAGCCAUCUGUGAGCUGGCAAAGGCCUCACCAGCACAGCUCUAAGCUGAGGGACUCGUGAACCACUUUGUGUAUAACUAUGUGUAUAUAAGAGCUUAUGGAUAAACUUUUAAUGAUUAAAACCCUGUCUUGCACUUCC